CUUUCCAAUGCUGACUUUAAACAUAUGAAGGCCGUCGUCGUCUUAAGCGGACCAAGUCCAGUCAACGGCACCGUCAUAUUCCAGCAGUCCAGCUAUGAUGGACCCGUUCAUGUAACGGGACGCAUUGUAGGGCUAGAUCCUUCAGCCUUACGAGGUUUCCAUGUCCACACCUCCGGGAACCUCACAGACGGCUGCACAUCAGCGGGAGAACAUUAUAACCCAUUCAACACCACACACGGUGGUCCCACCGAUCCCAUAACCAAAAGGCACGUAGGCGAUCUCGGAAAUAUCCAAUCGGAUGCCAGCGGUGUUGCGGUGCUGGAUAUUACUGAUGAGAUUAUUUCGCUGAAUGGGCCACUGAGCAUUAUCGGACGUUCCAUGGUCGUUCAUACUGGGACAGAUGAUCUAGGGAAGGGCGGAACGAACCUGUCGUUGACGACUGGAAAUUCUGGGGCAAGAGCCGCGUGUGGAGUUAUUGGUACGUGUUCUUGUAGGUGUUUUCGUGAUACGUCUCUGAUACAGAGAAUUUUUCUAGGAUUGUCAUAG